UUGUUUGUGAACGCGAUUCAACAAUUUCAACAUUACGUGAUCAACUAUCGAAAAGCGAAAAUAAAAUGUCAAUCUAUCACAGAUGCAUUACAACAUGCACAAGAACAAUUAGAAACAUCACGUGUAUAUGACAAAGAAAUUGAAACACUUCGUUCACAACAUAAUUCAUUAUUGAAACGAGCCGAAGAAGCAGAACAAUGUUUGAGACGAUAUGAAGAAGAACUUCAAUAUAAGAAAGAAGAAUAUACACAAUCUAUGAUUAAACAAAGUUCCACUAUUGAAGAAUUACAAAAUCAACUUAUUUCAAGUCAUCGCGAUUUUGAUCUUGCUAUUGAACGUCAAAAGAAGUCAGCAUCAGAAGCAGAAGAAGCACGAAUAUUUGCCGAAGACCUUGAACGAUCAUUCAAUAAUUUACAACGCACAGUUCUUCGAAUUCAAGACAAAAUUUCUUCACACAAUUCACCAAAUCCAUCCAUCCAAAAGAGUUUCAUUCCCUGGAACAUCACUAUCAUUAUCAACAUAUUCUGA